AUGGCUGCUUCAUGUGCUUCUUCUCCCAUCAAAUCACAUACCUCUUUCGAUGAUCUUCAAAAAGGUUUUAAUGGGAAGAAUGUGCUUGCUAGGAUAAUCCAUUAUUGGGAGGCACGAAACGCCAAAAAAGGAGGGCUGCUAAUGGGUUUCGAACUCCUUCUUAUCGAUGAAAAGGAAAACGUCAUCCAAGCAUUCAUACCAGCUAAUCGAGUAGGUUACUAUCAGCCGAACCUAAAAGCCGAUACCGUCUACAACAUUAAUAACUUUCUGGUUAUUGAUAACAAAACCAGCUACAGGUUGUCUGCCCACAAGUUUCUAAUCCAAUUCACUCCAAAAACAGUGUUGGAUAAGUCCGACCAGCAUGAUCAUAUUAUUGAGAGACAAACGUUCCGGAUCCGUUCUUAUGAUGAGUUAAAAAAAAUAGUAGACAAGAAUGAAGAUCUAUACGAUAUCAUUGGAAAAGUGGUCCUAAUCGAUAAUGAGAAGAACUUUAAUGGUGUGGCUAAAAACAAAGUCGAAGUUCAUCUACAACUGAAAGAGCUGGGUGAAUCUGGGAAUAACUCUAUCAUCACUUCAGAGAUUACAAAGUUAGAAACUGUCACCAUCUCUGAACUUUAUCAAUUUCUGAAAAACGAGACUCCACAGAUAGUCGGUUUCUAUUGUAUUGCUACCGUCGUUGAUAUAUUACUACAAUAUGGAUGGAAAUACAUUGCAUGCACUAAAUGUAAUUGUAAAUUAGGACGAACAGAUACAGCCUUGGUUUGCAAGACAUGUAACUACGAAAAUACUGUUGGUCUUAUCAGGUAA